AUGUCUGAGUAUGAAUAUAACAAUUUACUGUACAAAAUUAGCAAAAGACUCGACAAAAUUCAUGUUGGUGAACAACUACUUGUUAUAUGCAGAGGAAAGUUGGCGGCUCGUAACGAAGAAAACAUCCCUACCUUUUCUUUGUUUAAAGAAUUAGAAGAGAAAGGAUUUCUAAGUCUCGAUCGUCUAAAUGUGUUGAAGGCCAUGUUAAAAGGCGUCGAGGAAUGGGCACUUCUUGAAGAGGCUGAGAAGUUUGAGGCUAAAAGAAAGGAAUACAAUGACUUACUUGAGCGGGUUAUUCAAGUUCUCGACGGGCUAAAUGAUUUGGAAAGACUACUUUCGAUUUGCGGACGAAAGAUAACGGAAGCGAGGCAAAGCAGCAUUCUUAAUGUCCGAUCACUGUUUACGGAGCUCGAAAGCAACGACUGCCUUGGAAUUGAUUGCCUCGACACUCUGAAGCAGAUCUUAAGCCAGACGCAUAAAAAUAAUUUGCUUAAGGAAGUGGAGGAGUUCGAGCAACGACAAAAUCAUGAGUUAAAGAGUGAACGACGAAAAGGUAUUGUGCCUGCCUCCGUUGUUGAUUGGUUUAAGUGAGGGAGCGUUCUAACGCGACUGAACUUAUUCUGGAAAGGGAAUUACAUUCUGGAUUAUUCUGGAACAGUCACUAUUAUCAUUAUUAUAACUACAUAAAGAUAAAAUAAGCGAGGCCACACAAAAUUUUGUGAUUUUCUUAAAAUUUAUGUCACCAAAAAAAUACAGUCGUAUACAAAUUUGGGGGAAAAAUGAGUUCACAAAAUCACGUGAUUUCCGAGAAAAACUCCAAAGGACACUAUAAGUAGUUGUUUAUCAUUAACAUUGUUAGCCUGACUUCGAGUCGUUAUUACUCCCUCAGUAACGUCUGCUUUCUUUGGGGAGAAUCCAAAACCGGAUUUGUGAUCUCAGAUCAUAUGGAUUCUUCACUAACACAAAAACGGAAGAUCCGAAAAAGGAUCAUUUACCAUGACAACGGCAUAUCCUCGUGAAAAAAGAAACAACAAAAUUAAUCCUCACGACGAAGACACGAAGAAAAAGCGACAUAAGCUACGUAUGAAUAUACGAAAUGUAUAUAUUUCGGUUUGAAACACAAACGUUUCUCGAAUAGAAUACACUCCUUAGGAUAGUGAAAUUAUAAGAAUUAUUUACAAGUGAAGUCGAUAAAUUGUUUUUUUUAAUUACUUGGAAAUUAAACCGGCGUAAGCAGACACUACAGUACGUACAAAACAAUAUGACAAGUAACGGUUUAAAAACAGUCUACGAAUAAUUUGAAUAGAUGACAAACAUGGAAUGUUAUAUAACUAAUGGCUCAAAAUCACAAACAUUACGCAUGUGCUACCCGUUCCAGUCUACCGGCAGACCGAUUUCAUACCGAGUGGUCGUUUCGCGUUUAUUUUUUUACCGUUGCGAGAUUUCGUACCGAAGUGAAAUUCUUGCCCCGGUACAACUGGGGUGAACUUACGUCGGGGUGACUCGCGCCGGCAUGACAUUUUGUGAUGGUAUCAUGUAAAAAAAAAAAUAUAGAGCCAUGAGAGCUAAACGGAGUAAACUCGCGCCGGCGCGAAAGUAGCCCCGCCCGGUGUCAUGUAAACACCCCCUUGACCCUGAGCGAGUAAUUGGCAGUGUUCACACUCCAAUGUCGGCCUCGAUGCCAUAGUACGUUGGUCGCUGGGCAUGAUAGACGACAGUCUGAUUCGCGCACGGUGCAGGUACCCGAGUACACAAUAGUGUCAGAGCCUUGACUUCAUGUUACGCUCACGUUUCAAAAUGGCUUCUGACCGAACAAACCGGGCAGAUAUGUACAUCGGGAACCCAAAAUGAGAACGCAGCGGCAUUUUGUGCUGGUGCGCGGAUACUAAUGCUUAGGCACUAAGUGAAAUUUCACUGCCAGUCCUACAGUGUAAGUGUUUAGGCAGGGUCACGCUUUUACAAAACGGUAGACAUUUACAAAUUGCCUGACUCAUAAUUCUGUAUUAUUAUUUCAGCAAAAGCAUUUGCCAUCGCUUCAUCAGUUAGCGACAAGUUAGUAGGAGGUGAGUCAUGUACGUCAUCGCGUGGUGUUAUUGCAGUGGACCCUCGAUAUAGCAAAGGGUCAAGAGACUGGCAAAAUUUGUUCGCUAUAACGAGGCUUUUAUAUAUUUUUACAUAUUUUACUUUUUUUAGGGUUAAGAAAAUAGUUUGUUAUGCGGAGCACUUCGUUAUAUAGAGGUUCGUUAUAUCGAGUAUCACCGUAGCUAUAUUUGUGCGGGCUAGCGCGGUGGAGUUUAAAUUGUUGCAGGUAAAGUUGAAUAACACGGACAAAUUGGUCUAGAUAGAAUUGUAAUAAACAACUAUGCUAAAGUUUCUUAAUAACACUUAAAAACACCAUCUAACAAAGUACAUAAAUUUUGAAAAAUAAUCUUUAUCUAAUGGUCUAUAAUUUCACUCCUCGGAAUUGUCUUUGGCCAAGGUGGUCGUCAUUACCGCAGCUAACGACGUUUCACCAACAAGAAUUGUUUCUGUCCCUACUGAGGGUACCCUUUUACCUGUCGUAUAGUUCCAAAAUAAAAGAGCUAGACUUUGGGCUGGUGCACCAUAUACCAAAUGAAUAGCAGGCCUCGAGUUGCGUCACAAAGAACGCAACAAUGAUCCCUAGCCGCUUACACAAUAACACAAUAAACUACACACAAUAGAAGAUAAGUGAAAAGUGUUAAAAGGAAAAAUGAAAUAAAAAAGGAAAAAAGUCAGAUGGGAAUUAAUUAGGCUUACUGAUAAUGACGACACAUGCAUGUUUAGAAGCCAUAGGAAAAAAACUCAUACCUCUCAAACUCUGAGAGUUUUAGGCCAUAGAUAGAAGUAGAAUGCAUCGAAUGUGAUGAAACUUCGCAGGGAAGUAGUUUGAUAGAUUACCUGUUUAUUGUUUUUUCUUUCAUCCCAUGUGACUUCUGUUGUGACGGCAUCAGAACCAAAAUUCAGGAAAGAAAUGGUAAAAAGUUUCACGCAUUAGUUUUCUGUAUAGAAUUCUAUGAUUUCUGCUAAAAACCCCAUCCCAAUCGGAUAAAAAGGGGUUAAGUGACAGCUAAUUAAAGAAAUUGAAAUUUACCCCCAAAUGACCAUAUAUGGUCAAAAUUAGGGUUAUUUUAAACGCAAGAACAAUGAAUGUAUUGGAACAGGAGCAAGGACAAAGUUACAUAAAAUCAAAAUUGUAGUUUUUUCUACUUAGGGUAUGUGGUGCUAUGACACGUUUUUCGUCACGAAAUACGUCAUUUUGACGUCAAAAUGUCGUAUUUCGUGACGAAAACGCUUCAUAGCUGCACAUAAGUAAAAAAAAGGUAAGUAGAAAAAACUACAAUUUUCAUUUUAUGCAACUUUGUCCUUGCUCCUGUGACAAUACAUUCAUUGUACUUGCGUUUAAAAUCCCCCUAAUUUUGACCAUAUAUAGUCAUUUGGGGGAAAAUUUGAUUUCUUUUAUUAGCUGCAACUUUACGCUAUUUUAUCCGAUUGCCGGAUGGGGUUUUCACUAUACAUAUUCUUUUUGUGUAACAAAAAUGUCUGUAACGUUUUGAACACUGCUUUGCAAGUUUUUAAUGUUGUUACUAAAAAUAGGCGUCACUUAUGACGUCAUACUUUCACAGCACAGAGACUGCAUUGCUGAGAGUCAGCAACGACAUUCUUCUUAAUAUGAACAAUCAACGUGUUACUUUGCUAAUUCGGCUAUUAGACUUAAGCGCCGCUGUUAUGAUACUCUCUUGCAUCGGCUCCGGUUUUCAUUUGAUAUCCACGGAAAAGUCCUCUCUUGGUGUAAGUCAUUUUUUUGGAAGCGAUCUCAGCAAGUGUUGAUCAAUGACAUACUUUCCGAUGAGUUCAGCUUGAAAUGUGACGUGCCUCAGCGUUCCUGUCUGGGUCCCAUUCUGUUGAAGCCGUAUACAAGUAAGCUUUCUGAGAUUGCCAAACUCAUCUGCCUGAUGUUCAUUGUUAUGUCGAUGAUACAUAGGUUUACAUUUCGUUUAGUCCUAAUCUUAAGUCAGACCAGCUUUUAGCCUUAAAAAAGCAUAGAAAAUUCCCUGUCGUUUGUGAAUGUUGAAGGACAAUCUUAAAUUGAAUGACGACAAAACUGAAUUUCUCAUUUGAUUGGCACACCACAACAGCUGGAAAAGGUCGACAGCACGAGUAUCCACGUGGGUAAUUCUGAGGAAUCUCGGUUCAUGGUUUGACUCUAGGCUGUCCAAGUCGAAGCAUAUUACAAGAUCUGCGGGUUCUUCAUUUUUCUAUUUGUACAACAUACGACGCAUCAGGAAUUAUCUCUCACAAACACCUGGUAGACUUCUUAGAUCCUCCAAUCAAUUUUUACUUUCUACAUCUAAAUUUAAUCUUAAAACUUAUGGUGGCCGGUCUUUUACUAUUGCUGCACCUUCUGUUUGGAAUGCACUUCCAUUCGAACUUAGAUCUUGUAAUUCCCUUUCUUCUUUUAAAUCUAAGCUCAAGACUUGGCUUUUUAAAAUUGGUUAUGAUGUUGUCGUAUAGAAUGAUGGUGUUUUUAUAGGAUGACAAUGUAGUUUUGUUGUUUUGUAGGUUUAGGAUUUUGUUGUUAUUGUUAUUAUGUAAAGCGCUUUUGGACCAUUGGGAAUUUUUAUAGAAUGACAAUGUAGUUUUGUAGGUUUAGGAUUUUGUUGUUAUUUUUAUUAUGUAAAGCGCUUUUGGACCAUUGGGAAUUAGCGCUCUAUAAAUACUGUAUAUUAUUAUUAUUAUAUUAUUAAACGUAUACCGAGACACUUAUUCAUGCAUUCGUAUCCAGUCAUAUUGACUACUGCAACAGCCUAUUAUAUGGCUGUCUGUCCUCACUAAAUAAGCUACAACGUACAGAAUGCUUGUGCAAGACUGAUUUUUAAUGAACAGUUUUGUCACACAAUGCCCCUUAUUGUGGAGUUACACUGGUUACCAAUUAGAUUUAGAACUGAUUGUCUAGUUUAAAAUUCUCUUGAUUACUUUUAAGAUUCUUCAUGGUUUAGCUCCGUCUUAUUUAUCAUCUCUUAUUUCUUUUAGGCGUCCAUCGAGAUAAUACGUAGAUUUAGCCAGGGCUAAAUGGGAAGGUCUCGAUGAUUUAUAGUUUGCUCAAACAAAAUAUAAAAUCGUGUAAUACUAAGCGGCGAAGGCAACGCCGGAGAACGGUGAAAAACAACAAUAGGUCUAAUUAAGAAAAAAAAAACAACUUUGCACGUGCAGCACACUUUUUUUUGUACAUUUCUUUGCCGUUGUUUUGCACGACUAUAACGUUUUAUGGAGGAAAUGUCGCACGUUUUCUCGUUCACUUUUUUUUUCACUGCCGCACAUUUUCACCUUGCAUUGUUGGUCGCUAGCAUUUCUCAUUUGAUACCGCCGCAACAAAAUUUUCAUGUUGUUCUUCCGAAAAAAAAAAAUGUCUCCUUUGCCUUUUAUCUCUUGCUCUAGAUCUCUGUCGCCCUUUUUCUCGUUGAGCUUCGCUGGACUGGCGCCUACUUCUCUUUUUCUCGGUCUUUCUCUUGCUCUAUAUUCCAAAUUUGUGGACAUGACAAUUAAUCUAAGCUUAAUACUUUAGAAAACGCGGAUACAGAGACAAUUUCCGCUUUCCGCUUUCGUCUUCAUUGACUCCUUAGUUGUCUCUGCUUCACAAGAUGCGGGUAGCUAUGCAACUUCCCGUCAAAAUAACCUCGAGUUGCAUUUGGAUUGCCAUACCUGUUGAUUGAACUAUUUUACGGACGGACGGACGGACGGUCGGGCGGUCGGUCGGUCGGUCGGUCGGUCGGUGUAUGGUCACGUGAUUACCAAUUUUCUCGGAUGGGUAGUUUACCACAUUAUGUUACCCAUGGUGCUGCGCUGCUCGCGCUUCGCGCGCGAGAGCUCCGCUAUAAUCUUACUGAACUGAAAUGAUAAUCUUUUACUUAGUUAUCCUAGCUUCAUAUCCAAAUUAGCAACACUUGGUGAUAGGUCCUUCACUCACGCUGCUCCAAGGCUCUGUAAUGCUUUGCCAUUCGAUGUCAGAUGUGCCAAGUCUGUUAAUGUUUUUCAAGUAAAGCUUAAAGCACACUUAUUUAGUUCAACAUUAGUGCCCCCGCAGGGAUUUCGCCCAGAAGGCGAAAUCCCUAGGAGGCACUCUAGUAACUCGCGCGUAUAUUAAGGAACGUACUUACAGUUGAAAUAUACAGUCAGUAUGCCAGAAAAAGUCACGAUUUGCUUGAACAGGGGCCGCGAGGAAUCGGUAGGUAAUGAUGACGUUUCUAUUGUUUGCGCCCGCAAGUACGAAAUGGUUAGGAGGACGCAAAGACAGAAAAUCCCGAAGGGACCGCUUAGCUUGAAUUUUUGGCAUUUAUUGUGCAGUCAUACUUCGAUAGUCUUGCGUUACGUGUUCAGUGACAUUCUUUGUAGCAGCUGUUUUGAAAGUUAUGGACCAAAAGACACUCGUUAACCGCAGAUGAAGUUAUAAGGUGCGUAUAACUGUGAUAUAUAAACACUUGGAGAGUUUGCCAGACACGAGUUCACAAAUCUUUGAUUGGAAACCUUGCCAGACACUCUUUCUCUCUCUUUGACCGGAAUAAGACUCAGCCCCAAACAAGCAAGACGAGUGAACAACGGCUAGCUUAUCACUAGCAGAACGAUGGACGAUUACAGAAAUUCGCUUGACAAUCAAAUUCUGUGCUGACUUAUUCCCUGCUCACAGAUGUCCUUUUAAAAUAAGACCUAGAAUGCGCGAGCGUGAAUUGAUCAAACGUCCUUUUAAUUUCUAAAGCUUACUUUCUGGCAAAUAAAAUGAACUGUAUGUAAAACGUGAAAGAGAAAUAGCGAAAAAUUCAACUUCUAAUUAAAUCUUUUCCUAUGGUUUGGAAUAAACUCUCGAAACUGAGAAUGUUUUGAUCAAAGCCGUAUAACUCGAACUGAAACUGUGCANUGAUUGGAAACCUUGCCAGACACUCUUUCUCUCUCUUUGACCGGAAUAAGACUCAGCCCCAAACAAGCAAGACGAGUGAACAACGGCUAGCUUAUCACUAGCAGAACGAUGGACGAUUACAGAAAUUCGCUUGACAAUCAAAUUCUGUGCUGACUUAUUCCCUGCUCACAGAUGUCCUUUUAAAAUAAGACCUAGAAUGCGCGAGCGUGAAUUGAUCAAACGUCCUUUUAAUUUCUAAAGCUUACUUUCUGGCAAAUAAAAUGAACUGUAUGUAAAACGUGAAAGAGAAAUAGCGAAAAAUUCAACUUCUAAUUAAAUCUUUUCCUAUGGUUUGGAAUAAACUCUCGAAACUGAGAAUGUUUUGAUCAAAGCCGUAUAACUCGAACUGAAACUGUGCAUGGAACCUUGUGUUUCCUGUAUUUAUCUCACCUAUUUUAUGGAAUAUGUGUGAAAAUCUUCAUUAUGAAUCGGUAUAUUUCAAAGAGCUACACAACGAACAAGAAUACUCCGACAAUAUAAAGAGAGGGGGCAGCUGUAGUGUCUACUAUUACUAGUUAUUAUCACAACUUAGUAUAUAUCUUGUUUUGUAUUUAAGUUUGAAACAUUUUACCUUCGUAAUAUUUUCUUCGGCUUAUUUUUAAAUUUAAGCUACUAUUUUUAUCUAUUUAUAUUUAAGAUCUUACUUUCUCACUGAUUGUACAUGUCAUGCGCAUUUGAACAUUUUUAUGGAAAAUUGCGCACUAUAAAUUUAUUAUUAUUAUUAUUAUUACUUUGUUUAUUAUAUAUUUCGCCUGACCUCGUACAGGUAAACUUUUUAUAAAUUUAUACUUUGUUUUUUUGUGUGUUUUAGCUCUAACCAUGAAGACUGUGUUUAAAGUACUAGCAGGAGGCUUUACCAUUGCUUCUAGCUUAGACCUGUUGAUUCGUAACUCCACCUAUGAUGAGCUUAUCAGAGCGGUUAACACCUGUGUACUUCCUGCUGGAGCUAACCUAAUUCAGAUUACAGAAGGUUGUCUAUGCCUCAAGGUUCAACUAAUGGACCUUUCAGCUCUUGAGACUUUGUGGCGUUUAUACAAGGAUGGGACACUAAAAGCAAGCUUGCAAGCUUUGUUUGACACAGACGAAAUACGAGAAUUUGCUGGGGGAGAGCACGUGGAAGUGAUUGUGACUAUUGACGAAAGAGAAUACGAUAAAGCAAGGAGUGAGCUAGGUAACGAAGCACAAGGUUACCUAUAAAUCACUCAAAAUAGUUAUUUAAUUAUUUGUUUGUUACAGCAGUCCAUACCCACGAGCCAGCAACUCCCAUACCUAUUUCACGGCUUAUCAUCAUAUCGUUUUACAGUGCGACUACUCUAACCCGGGACACCUAGACGAAGUUGACCAACCGGAUUUUACAGACGAGAUCUCUUAACAACUUUUUCCUUGUUGCCUGACCUACUGCCUAACACCCAAUUUUUUUUCAACAAGUCUCGACAUAAUAAAUGAUGAUGAAAUCCGAUUCUGAUUUCGGGCUUAAGUUCUAAUUUUAGAAUCAGUAGAAUUAAGUUCUAAUUGUAUAUCUAUUUUUAAGGAAUUGAGAUUGGUAACCAGGUAUAUUUACCAUUGGAUUUCAGAACUUCCGCAAGGAAAGGAUGGAAAGCAGCAAAGGCAAUACCUGGAUGAAGAGAAAUUCUCGAACAUUCUGAAGUAUUUAGAAGAAUCUGAGACAAACAGCGCAACGACAGAAACAAGCGACAGUGGAAUACGGGAAUCAUGUAGUAUUUCAUCUGAGCUGCAAACGGACGAAUCCAUCGGUAAACUUAAACUGGUGGAAUAAUUAUAUACGUCUAGUUGGGCUCUUCGAACAGCAGCUGGUAAUCGAGCCUACCCGCGGUUAUGGUGACAAAUCUAUCCGAGUACGUAACCCUCGGACGUACAAGUGGUGGGGGUGGGGGUGGGUCGCGCGCAUUUUGAGACAAGUUUAGUGAUGGCCAGUUACUAUGGUUACGAGAUAUGGCGUCAUAAGUAGCAGGUGGUCAAGCCAUUUUUGAGUGAAGAAGCUUGUUUUUUCCACUUCUAUCAACAAUGAAAGUAAAGCUGUGGAUUAAAUGAUGCAAAGUGCUUAUUUAUAUGUAAUUUUACAUGUCAGGUACAAAAAAUUACCAUUUUCACCUUAUUUAUAAUUCGUGGUAAAAUCCAAGAUGGCGACCAUUGUUCGUGACGUCACAGGCUUCCAGCAGCGUCAACACUGAGCAAAAUAUACCUCAUUUUCUUGCAAAGAUCAAAAGCUUUCCACUGAAGGCAAAAUCGUUUUGAAAUACUACAACGUAUCAAAAACUGUGGGAAGGGGAUCCAUCCACCCCUCCCUUCCCACCGUUGUACCACUGUGGGGGUAUGAAUUUGCGUGUACGUCCGAGGGUUAAGUAUCACUGAUAAAACUAAGAUUGCGAACAUUACUUUUUCUACUCCUCUUCUCAUUCUCCCUAUUAUAUCCUUUCUUUUUGUUUUUUUUCAUCUCUUCACUUUGAUUAUAUAUGUUUUUCUUUUAUAUGUUUAUUAUUAUUUGUUUUACUGUCACUCGUAGUCAAUUUACUUUCAACUGUGGUAAGACUUAUAUAGUCAGUCGCGCGCAAUGCAAAGUAGUGACAUUUGAUUAAAAAAAUAGUUAAUUUUUGGAUUUUACUCUCAAGCGAUACACACCUAGCCCGGAAAGUGAACUGGUCGUUUAACCCAGCUUUUAUUUCGCGCUUUAAUUACAGAUUCUCCACCCACACUCUAUUUGAAAGAUCUAAGUGAAGAAGUGGUCGAAGAAUUGACCUCCAGACUUCAAAGUGACCCAGUUGCUCUGAAGAGAUUUUACCAGUCGUUUGGGCUUGAUCCAGAGAAAUUGUACGCCAAAGGAUUUCAAACCAUCGCAGAAAUCUUCCCUGGUACUCCAAUCAAGACUUUAAAGGACGUUUUCAAGGCGUUGAGAUUGCUUGACCUCGUUGACUUGUUGGAGAACGUAACGAAGCUUCGUGCACUUCGUCCUGCUCUUUCCAUGAAAGAAAUAGGAAUGUUACCGAGUGCUAAUUACCGUGCUAUAAAGGAUUAUAGCAAAGCGGAGAUCUUGAUUAUCGAUUGCCAUAACGAUGCUUCUACAGAGAAUUAUGCUAAAAGAACGGCAUCUUUUUUCCAGGCUUUUAAUUCAAAGAGUCAAGUAACUACGUUGACUGCAGCAAAGGCCUUAGUGGAUUUGCUUGAAAAUCUGGCAAAGUUGAGGGCGAGAAUGAUGAUGAACGAGACCGAUGCUUUGAUGGCUGAGACAAGAGCAAUAAUGUUAAAAGUGUUUCUGGAGGAGAAAAUACCCGAUAAGUGGUCUGGAGGGCUAAACAGGAAGUGGAACGAAACAGUCACCGAAAAAAAUGAGCGACUGUUGAGCUUGUUCCAAGAAGAGGAGUCGGCAAUGAGAACCGAGCUAAGAGAGUUGGUAGAAAAGCGAGAGCAGUGGGCAAAUGAAAGAAUACUGAUGAUCGAAGAGAUAGAACAAGAGGAGGAAAAACUUAAGAGAGAGAGUGAGAAGUUCGCAGCGACUGUCCUAUCCUUCCUUGAGAAAUGGAUGACCCUUCCACUUGAUGAAGGUUGGUAACUUAGAGAAACUUAGAAUUAAGUUUAAAGCAAAAAGACCGCUGGCGAAUGUAUCAGUUGUAACACAUGAGCAAACGGCAAACGGCAAAGCCACGUUUUUUGCAUCUAAUAGGCCUGUGCCUUGCCUCCAGCGUGGUGCAUGAUUCCUCCAUGACUAUCUAUUUUAUAAAGAAAAAUAAGACUGCUCGCAUUAACAUUCACUCGUAGCUUAACCCUAUUCAGACUGGCUUUUUUUGUGCUUCCUGCGACCGAGGGGACCUCGGAGGCUCCCCUCUAUAAGGGUUGAUUUCCAGUGUGGCGUAAUUUUUACAUGCGUAUUUGCGUAAAAUUCUCGUUAGCAAAUUAAAUAGAGACAAUACAUGAAAGUCGCUCGUCAGCGUAAACGUUCAACCUCGCUCAACUUCUCGUUUAAGCUCAGCACUUUUUAUCUUGCUUCUACUUUAUUUACGUGAUUAAAAUUUACGUGCGUUAACGUGUGUAGCCAAAAACGCGCGUCAGUGGAAAUCAACCUUACUACCAAACCGCUCAUCCUUCGGCCCCCAAAACUACAUAUAAUAAUGUACUCAUCAUUUCCAAUUUCUGGGCGAAAUUUUAUUGUCAUAAAGACGUCAUCUUACGUGACCUUGACGUCAUAUUGUUGCAUUAAUUUUCCCUCAAAGGAAGGUAUCAAGCGAAAAGUCGUUAUUAAUAAAUAAAUAGUAAGGUCUCUGAAUAAAUCAAGACGUUGGCUAAUUUAAUGAUCUUUACCAAUAGGAGUGAUGUCAUAAUGACGUCGUUUGUUACUAAAAAAGGGAACUGAAUCCGAAAAAAAAAGGAAAAGAAGGAGAAAAGCUUGGUUUGUUUUACGCAUUUGCAGAACAUUAUUUGCAGCCAAACAUAAAAGCCAAGCGCAGUUGGACGACAUGGCGUAUGAGCGGACCAUUGUUUGUAGCCAGUUAUUUGCAGGUUACUUGGCGGCCUCUCGGCCGAUAAAAAGGAAAAAAAUAGCACCGAAUGACAAUAAAUGAAAUUUUCACACCAACUGUACGUGUGAUCUUUUAUCUGAAAUCCGUUUGCUAAAUGAUGAUGGAAUGUCAUUCCCAUUAUCUGGUUUUUAGGCUGUAACUCAAUCUACAUUUAUUAAUAAAUUAAAAGUUAAUCCUAGUCGUUGAUUAGAAUAAAGUGAGAUUCCACUGGUUCGUUUGUUUUUUUUUCUUACAGGUGAGGAAUCAACCCUUUUUGUUGUACUUGUCAGAGAAGGUUUCAAGCUUAAUUCGUACAGCGAUGACGUUGAAAACUUCAUGAAAAUGAUAGGAGAGUGCGUGAGAAAAACAUUGUCCCUUAUCCCAGGUGCAAAGCUUCUGAUCGCAAAUAAUUCGUCAUGUUUAGCGGAAAAGGCAGAAAUACCUUGCGAAACUCUACAGGUGUAUUCGCCAGAAAGGAUUGGUCUAACAACAAUGCUGGAUCUUCUGAAAAAGCGCUGGCAAACGUUGGACCUCAUAUCAGUGAUGCAGGAAUUAAAAAGAUCAUUACGCGCAGAAGGAAUAUCUCGUAAACAGGAGGAAACUACGAAAUUGUGGGAUCGGAAUACACAGCUUGUGGAAAUACAAGAAAAUUUGUCUUGUCUUCCAAGGCUUCAGAAGACUGAAUAG